AUGGGUAUUCAAAUUUUCUUAGGUUUACUCGCCUGCUGUUGCUUGACUUUCGUCAAUGCAGAUUUAGAAGGUUACAAAAUCUACGAUAUCACUCCUUGCAAUGCCUUCGAACAGCAUAUCCUUGAGGAUAUGGACAGAAUCAAAGGUUACGAUUUCUUACAUCGUCCAAGAGCCUUAAAUGUCUCCUCUCGUGUUAUGGUCGGCCCAAAGGAUCAAAAUGAUAUCGAAAGUACUCUAACAAAGUUGGCUGUCAAUUUCACAAUUUUCAACGAUGAUGUCUCGAAAUCCAUAAAUCGUGAACGUAUCCAAAAUGGAAAAGUCCGAUCUCUAUCUCGUGGAAUAUCUUUCACCAACUUUCAAAGAUUCGACCAAAUCAAUGCUUACCUCGAUGAAUUAGCAGUUCGAUAUCCCGAUCGUGUGAAGGUUGAAAACGUUGGCAAGUCUUAUGAAGGCAGACAGUUGAAGACAAUUACAAUUAGCAAUGGCGAUAGGAGACCUAAUAAAAAUGUGAUUUGGAUUGAUGGUGGUAUUCAUGCUCGCGAAUGGAUUGCUCCAGCUGCUGUACUUUAUGUCAUUCAGCAACUUGCUGAGAACUUCCAAGUGAAUAAAGACAUUUUGACUAGAUAUGAUUUUGUUAUUCUGCCAGUUGUUAAUCCUGAUGGAUAUGAAUACACUCACACCAGGGAACGUAUGUGGAGAAAAACUAGGAGGCCAACGGCUUUCGGAUGUCCUGGUACCGAUGGAAAUAGAAAUUUUGACUUCCACUGGGGUGAAGUUGGUGUUUCUAACUCAGCAUGCGACGAAACAUUUAAAGGACAAAAAGCGUUCUCUGAACCAGAAACUCAAAUUGUAAGGGAUCAAUUGUUAAAAUUGAAGGGACGUGCAAAAUUUUAUCUGGCCAUUCAUGCUUUUGGUAAUUACAUAUUGUAUCCAUGGGCUUGGACAACAGCACCUUCACCAAAUGCUGCUAGUCUCGCUGAAGUCGCUAACGCUGGAGCUUAUGCUAUUCAAGCGGCUACUGGAACUAGAUACACUGUUGGACAGCCUUCAAAAGUCUUCUAUGCGGCUGCUGGUGGUGUUGAUGAUUGGGCCUAUGGUGUUGCUGGCAUUCCUAUUUGCAUUACAAUGGAAUUACCUGGUGCUGGUUCAACUGGAUUUGAUCCUUUUCCACAGCAUAUUCUACCAAUUGUUUCUGAAACAUGGAUCGGUAUCAAGGCUAUGAUUCAAAAGGUUAUUUCGAAGUUUUAA